ACAGGAUUCUGGCUGUAAAAUCGUGUAAUCUGGAAAACCAAGCGAAAUAAGAAUCUCCUUGUUUACAUUUACGAUGGACAUUCCACCGCUUUCUAGGUAUUCUGUGCUUCUUACCGCUGGUUCACUCUUAUUCUUUUUCUUUCUAUGGAGAAGGCAGACUAAGAAAAAGCUUCUUCCCCCAGGCCCUCCUGGUUGGCCUAUUGUGGGAAACCUCUUUCAGUUGGGAAAGAGACCUCAUGAGUCUCUGUAUGCCCUUUCUCUGCAAUACGGCCCACUCAUGGCUCUACGUCUGGGAAUGAAAACAACAGUGGUGGUCUCCUCUCCUGCCAUGGCAAAAGACCGCCUCAAAACAAACGACCACUUCCUCGCCGAGCGGCCGGUGAGUGAAGCAAUCAAAUCUCUUUCCCAUCACAAGUCCUCGCUAAUUUGGGGUGAAUAUGGUCCUUACUGGCGCUAUCUCCGAAGGAUUUCAACUGUUGAGCUUUUUGGGCCCAAAAGACUGGAAGCUCUGCAACACCUCAGAAGAGAUCAAGUAUUUCGCACGACUCGACUCAUUUUCGAGGACAGAGGAAAGGUUGUGGAUAUCGGUCGGACGGUGUUCUGUACGUCUCUGAAUUUGUUAGGCAACAUGAUCUUCAGUACAAACGUCUUCGAUCCGCAGAAUCCAGCUUCUGCGGGGAUCAAAGAUACCAUGGGGGGAAUUUCGAAGGUCAGCGGAAUACCCAAUUUGGUCGACUUUUUUCCGUUUCUCCAGUUCCUCGACCCCCAGGGUGUGUCCCGGGAGAUCACCAGGCUUUUGAAGGCCAUGUAUGACUUUUCCGAUGCAUACAUACAGAAAAAGCUCGCCACCACCAGCCAAAGCGUUGAGCGUAACGACUCGGAAAAGGAUUUUCUAGAUGUUCUGCUGGAUUCCCGAAGUGAUGAUUUCACUUUCGUUCACAUUCAAGCCUUGAUAGUUGAAUUAUUUGUUUCUGGCACUGACACGACGACUACAACAAUAGAAUGGGCCAUGGCAGAAUUCAUUCGGAAUCCUCAGAAAUUGAAGCAAGUCCGACAAGAACUGGAUGAAGUCAUUGGUUGCAAACGAAGAGUGGAGGAGUCUGAUUUAGAUCGUUUGCCAUAUCUGCAUGCAGCCGUGAAAGAAAUAUUCCGAUUGCACCCGGCGGGUCCUCUGCUGUUACCCCGUAAAGCCGGAAGUUCCUUCGAGAUUGGGGGAUUUGUGAUACCCAAAGACAGCGAGGUGAUGGUGAAUGUGUGGGCAAUUGGGAGGAACCCUUCGAUUUGGAAAAAUCCUCUGGAAUUUAUGCCGGAGAGAUUUUUGGAGGGGGAGAGUAGGAAGAUAGAAUACAGUGGGCAAAACUUUGAGCUGAUUCCUUUCGGAGCAGGGAGAAGGAUCUGUCCGGGGCUUCCACUGGCGAGGCGUAUGAUUCAUUUGGUUUUGGCUGCUCUACUUCAUUCAUUUGAGUGGAUACUUCCGGAUGGGAUGAGUUGUGAAGAGAUGGACAUGAGUGAUGAGUUUGGACUUGGUUUAAAGAAGGCUACAGAGUUACUGGCGAUCCCCGUAUCCCGUCUUCUGCAUCAUAUUUACUAGCGAUCUUAAAUCGGUCACAAAAUCAAAUCACUUGUAUAGGUGAUGCAAUGUAGACUGCAUUCCUCCAGGUGACAUUAUUUGUUUUUGUCAUGCAUAUCAAUCUAUUUAGUAGUUUUGUCGAAGAGAGUAUAAUUAGCCGAUAGGCUCUAAGUGGGAGCUUUUGCUCCCAGAAAGGUCAUAUUUUCGUCGGAAUAUUGUCCGCCUGUGUGUGCGCGCGUUUGCUUCUGUCUGGCGACCAAGCAGCGGAAAGUAGAGCAGGUCCUCUGGCACCUAUAUCAGAUUACACUUAUCGACUGCCAUGGGGAUAAACCGCCUGGCAUUGAAACCAUUAUCGUAUCAGCAGCCUUCAGGAAUAAGUAACGAUUCCGAAAGCAUGCAUCGCAAAGACGGCUGCAAUGAAGGAGCCUCUUGUUUUCUCGUUCGUGUGCUUGGACAUUAUCGUGGCCCACAGAGGACAACCUCCACCUAUGCGGAACCAUAGCCAGAAUCCGAAGAACACUUGUUUUUGGUAGAAUUUAUCUACCGCCAUGACAGAUCAGAUAAAUGGACAAGUCUGUCUCUCUUUCUGGUAAUCACCACUUUAUGUUGUGAUUUAUAGGUUUAUCGAACUGCUGUGACAAAUUAGCUUUGUUUACCCAAUUUGUCCUAAAUUUGAACUUCGAUAUUUGAUGGGUUAAAAUGAUAUU